AUGGCCAGCAAGGGCAAACAGUGGGUUCUCCUGGCAGCAGGUUCUAAUGGUUGGACAGACUACGGUGUCCAGGCCAAUGUGUGCCAUGCUUACCAGGUCGCUCACCAUAAUGGUGUUCCAGAUGAGCAGAUUGUGGUGAUGGUCUAUGAUGAUAUUGCUUAUAAUCAACAAAAUCCCAUUCCCGGAAACAUAAUCAAUGUACCAAAUGGUCCAAAUGUUUACCCUGGGGUUCUAAAGGACUACACUGGAGAGGAGGUAUCAGCUGGAAACUUUCUGGCUGUACUGUGCGGAGAUUUGGCUGCUGUCAAGAAAACAGGACCAAAAAAAGUAAUACAGAGUGGUGAAAAUGAUUCUAUCUUCAUCUACCUAUCAGACCAUGGAAAUAAAGGAAUCUUUCACUUUCCUAAUUCCACACUUUACGCACAUGAUCUCAUUAACACAGUGAAGGAGAUGUCAAAGAGUCACAAAUUUUCAAAGAUGGUCAUUUAUUUGGAAGCGUGUCAUGCUGGAUCAAUGCUGAAUCAGCUGUCUGACAGCAACGUGUAUGCAGUUUCUUCAUGCAACCCUGAUGAAUAUACCUAUGCU